UCAUGAUAAAUGUCGAUAACUUGGUGGCAUAAAAAUAAGUCCCAUCUUCUUCGAUCACUUCCUGGUACAAACAUGAAGAGAGCAGAGGAAGGAUGCGAGGGUGUUGCAGCUAAUCAUAAUGUUGUCUGGGAUUGUGGCAGUUUGUUUUAUGAUUCUUACGAGAUUGUCUCCGCCACCCAUCUGAUCGAACGGAACAUGAGGCCGCGGCCUCUCUCCGGCAUGGAAAAUAUCAGGAGAUCGGCGGAUCAGUCGGAGGGGCGGCGGCAGGGAGAACGGAACGGUGAUGAUGACAAUAAUAAAAAGGUUGGGAGGGUUAUUAAGAAGGUGUUUCAUAAGAUCUUAGCUCCAAUCCGUUUCCAUUUCUUGAUCAAGAAAUACACUCGCUAAUUAUGUUUGGACUUUGGACACCAUCACAUCAUUGAACUUUUCUAUUAUAUAUCCAUCUUAUAUACUACCUCCGUUCCUAAAUAAACUUCCAACUUUUCUUUUUCGUUCGUUCCAAUUAAAACUUCCAUUUUCCCUUUUUGGUAAAGAAUUUGUGGUUCACAACAUUUCUUACACAUUUCUCUCUCUUCUGUACAACUCUCCACCACACAAUAUCCACUAUCUUAAACUUUGUGCCAAAAGCAUUUGGAAAUUAAAAUGGGAACGGAGGUAGUACCUACUACAAAAUGUAUAUUGAAGUUGCAUGUAUCUUCUCAUCUUAUUUUUCUGAAUUAUUCUUUUGUAAUAGUGAAGCCGUUUGAUAGCUUUGAUUUUUAUACGAGUAUUAUCUUUCUUUAUAUGCAUGUCCUUUACAAA